AUGUCAGCACCGGAGAGGCCGACGUCAUCUUCGUCGUCGGCUGCUACUGUGGAUCCGCUGCUGAAGGAUCUCACGGAGAAGAAGCAGAGCUUCCGGCGGAACGUGGUGUCGCUGGCGGCGGAGCUCAAGGAGGUGCGCGGCCGCCUCGCCUCUCAAGAACACUUGUCUGCCAGAGAAACCCUAACCAGACAGGAAGCGGAAAACAAAGUAAGGAGUAUGGAGAAAGAGAUUAGUAGAUUGGAGAAGAAUCUAGAGGACAGAAAUGUGCAGCUGGAGGCUUCAACUUCUGCUGCUGAGAUGUAUGUGAAGGAAUUGGAUGAUCUGAGGGUCCAACUUUCAAAUACUCGAGCCACUGCGGAUGCAUCUUCACAGUCCGCUCAAUCUGCACAGUUGCAAUGUUCGGCAUUGUCAAGAGAAUUAGAAGAGAAAAAUUGCUCGCUUAAAGAGCACGAGGCUCGUGUGAAUAAACUGGGAGAGCAGCUUGACCUCCUACAGAAGGACCUUCGAGCCCGUGAAUUUUCCCAAAUGCAGCUGAAAGACGAAGUCUCAAGAAUCGAGCAAGAUAUCAUGCAGUCACUCGCCAAGGCCGGGAUAAACAAAGAUUGUGAGCUCCGCAAGAUUUUAGAUGAGGUAUCGCCAAAGAAUUUUGAAAAAAUGAAUCAGCUUUUGACGGUAAAGGAUGAAGAAAUAGCUAAACUGAGGGAUGAGAUUAGGAUCAUGUCUGCCCAUUGGAAGCUCAAGACUAAAGAGCUGGAAUCUCAGCUGGAGAAGCACCGUAGGGUGGAUCAAGAGCUGAAGAAGAAAGUCUUAAAGCUGGAGUUUUGCCUCCAAGAAGCACGGGCUCAGACUCGUAAACUCCAAAGAAUGGGAGAGCGUAGGGACAAAGCUCUGAAAGAACUAAGAGAUCAAUUGGUUGCCAAACAGCAAGCUGAGCUUCCUGUGGGCCCAAAAAACUAUGAUAAGCAGAACUUUUGGGAUACAUCAGGUUUCAAGGUCGUAGUUUCAGUAUCAAUGCUGAUCUUAGUAAUGUUCUCCAAGCGGUGA